GUGGGACAGUGGAAUUACGCGACCACAACGCGUUGCUAGUGCCAGAACCUCUUUGCUCCUUUCUUUUUGGAACCUUUGGACGAGUUCUUCUAGCAUCCUUCUAUUCUUGAAAUCUUUUAUCUACCACAAAGUUCAAACUCUCGUCCCACCGAGCUUCAUGCCAACGAAUAACGUUCAAGCUCUUCUUUCCACAAAUAUCCCAGACCCGAGCGAUUUCCCUAUGCCAGACUUGCGACAACUGGAUGCGAGUAUGCGGUGCACAAUUUGCGGCGAAUUGUACGAUGCACCCAUAACGCUUGCCUGCGGGCACUGCUUCUGCUCACUCUGUAUUCGGGAACAUAUUGUCAAAGAAUCGGAGUGCCCAAGCUGCAGGAAGCCGACAAGUGAAGGACAAUUUAGGACAAAUCCAGUUCUCGAGGAAGCAGUGAGUGCAUGGAAAACUGCACGGUCAACUAUCCUCCGGCUCUCCCGUGAAGAACAAGACCGCACCAGAAGGAGUCAAGAAGAGCAAACACCCCGCCGGUCCAAAACCCCAUUGACCAACGGUAAGAAGCGCAAGCGGCGCGUCAGCUCAAUGUCUUCCGAUUCAGAUGUUGUUAUUGUUCCGGGUCCUUCUAAUUCAAGCCAGCUCACCUCUUCCCCGGUACCAAACAAGUCCAGGCGUUUGAGACGGCAAGACAUGGAGCCUUCGUCCGAUCCACAAGAGGAAGAAAUAGUGCAAGGGGGUCGGAUGGUAAACUGUCCUAUCUGCAACGUGUCCAUUGUCAUGGGGGAUAUCAACACGCAUUUAGACUCGGGAUGCCAGAAAUUCCCAUCCGGUGCUGUGGCAUCAGGCACAAAAGAUCAAUGGUCAAAGUUAUUUUUAAAAAAGGGGAAGAGUAGGGACAACGGGAUUGACGUGGAUGAUGCAACGGAGCGCAUACCCAAGGCCUCAUAUGAUGUAUUGAAGGACAAACAAGUCAAAGACUUGUUGCAUACUCACAAUUUACCCAUCAUCGGUGACCGGAAAACGUGGAUCGCUCGGCAUCAACGCUGGGUUAUGAUUUUUAAUGCCAAUUUGGAUAAAUCUGGAUCUAACAGGAAGACUACGAAAGAAUUACGCAAUGAAUUGAAGAAUUGGGAAGAUAGUAGAAAGCGAAGACAUCUUGUGGAUAAUACAGCAACUCACAUGUUGAACAAUCAAGGAGAGUUUGCACGGCUAAUUGCCGAAGCACGGGACAGCAAGGCUAGAAAAGACUCCAGUCCAACAAUCGUGCGGCAACAUCCUCAGGACGAUAACGUUGUUGGAGAUUCUGAAGAUGAUCAAUCGCUUUCCUACUCCAGAGCUGGGCGGGUAACGUGUAAUCAAUUUCUUUUGACCCUCAGAUUUGGGUACACAAUGCCCUUUUCCAUUGAUCCUCGUUCAAGUGGUCCACUCGGUUUCGUUGGCGGUCGCGUAUGAGUUCAAAACCAGGUACACACCUUCGUGGAGCAGUUUCCCAACACGUUUCAAGAAAACCCGAAGCUUCUCCUUUGUGUUGUUGCAGAGCCUCCGCUAAGUGCCCGUGCCACAGUAGCCUUUGUCCCAGUGGCGAUCAGUCCACAGUAGUCCACAAUUUAACUGCUUUUUCUGACAGUCAGACGAGUCUGAGUGGCAAAGUACUGUAUAUAAACUUGAUGGAUCUGUAUGAUACACUAAACAUUAUUCUGAACAUGAGCAGGCUCACCCCACCACUGUCGCUUCUUAGUAAUUUAAGCGCUCUGUCGGCAUCAACCACAGCAGAG